GACAGCGCGUGCGCGAGGGGGUGGGGCAGGGGCGGGGUCAUGGCGAGGGUGGGGCCGUGGUUCAGUUCCUGCCUGGCGCACCGCCUCAUUCCGCGCGCGGCAGGUGGCGCGGGUCGCAGCUGAGUUCAGGCUGAAGAAACAAAGUGAUCUACAUGUGCUUCCCUAUCCAUUGGAAGAAUGACAGAUGACAAAGAUGUACUUCGAGAUGUGUGGUUUGGACGAAUACCAACGUGUUUCACUCUGUAUCAGGAUGAAAUAACUGAAAGGGAAGCUGAACCUUACUAUUUGCUUUUGCCAAGGAUAAGCUACUUGACUCUAGUAACAGACAAAGUGAAGAAACACUUUCAGAAAGUUAUGAGACAAGAGGAAGUUACUGAAAUAUGGUUUGAAUAUGAAGGUACACCACUGAAAUGGCAUUACCCAAUUGGUUUGCUCUUUGAUCUUCAUGCAUCAAAUACAGCCCUUCCUUGGAGCAUCACAGUUCAUUUCAAGAAUUUUCCAGAAAAGGAUAUUCUACACUGCCAUUCUAAGGAUGUGAUUGAAGCUCAUUUUAUGGCUUGUAUAAAAGAAGCAGAUGCUUUAAAGCACAAAAGUCAAGUCAUCAAUGAGAUGCAAAAAAAGGAUCAUAAGCAACUGUGGAUGGGAUUACAGAAUGAUAAGUUUGAGCAGUUUUGGGCAAUAAAUCGAAAACUCAUGGAGUACCCUCCAGAAGACAGUGGAUUCCGAUACAUCCCAUUUAGAAUUUAUCAGGCAACAACAGAGAGACCUUUUAUACAGAAGCUAUUUCGACCAAUUGCUUCAGGAGGACAGUUGCAUACUUUGGGAGAUCUGCUAAAAGAUGUGUGUCCUAGUGCAAUCACCCCUGAAGGAGUAAACCUCAGGUUCUUUAUGCACUGUAUGGACAUUGCAGUGUGUUCCCAUAGAAUGUACCCCUUAGACAAAAGAUGGGUGAAGGGAGACAAAAAGGAAGAAGAAAUUAGAGGCACGGGGUGAUGUGACUUGCACCUGGUCACACUGAGAUGGAGAGCAGAAGACUCAAGUGAUGAUUCAUGGAAUUGAGCCAAUGCUGGAAACACCCAUACAGUGGCUGAGCGAACAUAUGAGCUACCCAGAUAAUUUUCUCCACAUUAGUAUCAUUCCCCGACCUACUGAUUGAAACUCAGCUAUAUUGGUAUGAGGAUCAUUCGCAAGCUGGAAUUAUAUGGGCACGUCAACUUCUUCCUUCUGUCACUCUUGACAGAGGCAGCCUGACCAGAAAAGAAAAAACAAUGAAAACUGAAACAAAACACAAAGUCCUCACUGCUGCAAGCCAAACAGGAAGAGAGAUCGUAUCAUCAGAUAAGGGCAAUGGGGCUGAUCUUAUUUUGCAUCACCGCUGCUUUUCUUCACCGCUGUAAUUAAAUCAGUUGCGAUAUGAAAGAAUUUACAGGACCUCUGCAAGUCUGCUGUUUUCUUGUAAAAUAUAAUGAAGCCGAAACUGUCAGCCGAAGAGCAAAUGGAAAUAUGCCACUUGAUUGUAUUUCUGAUUAACAAAUAAACAGGGCUGUUUCCUAAAGCGGUAGUGUUUCGACUUUGAAAGUGGAAACAUUGGUUUAAUUUUCUAGAAAGUUAGACACUGAGAGAUUCAGUUACUAAUAGCUUUUUGUAAAAGAUCAAAUUACUGUAAACCCAUCUUUCCUUAAUGAGAAGUUCAUGUUUACAGUAUGCGUAUUGGUAUGCAAAUGAUCUUUUAGCUUUGAUAACAAGCAGUGAGAGAUUAUAAAGUGAACCCAUGAGCAUGUUUUGUCAUUUAAAAACAUGCACAACUUAAUAAUUUACAAAUAUUUUCGAUUUGUAUGCUGUCACUGAAUACUCCAGUAUGUUUAUUAUGCAAACCAGUUUUCAUAGACUAGCAAUGAUGUAGGAUAAUUUGUCUCAGGAUUUGUUAUGGCAUUUCUUUGUGCUCAUCUGUGGUUUUUUGUUGGUUUUUUUUUCCCUCCUUGUAAGAAUAUUUUCUUAGUUUAAAAAGUUUAAAAAAAAGUAAACAGAUGUUGCAAA